GAUCUCCCCUUGGGGCUUACCGACAUGAGGUUUUCCGGCAUAAUCGUUGCGCUCUGCUGCCUUUCUGUUGGAAGUGUCAACGCACGCGAGAAAAGCAGUGCCGCCACAAGCAGCCGCUGCAGCCCGGAGCUGGCUUACCAUUGCUACCAUGACGUGUCCAUGAAGGUUGUCAUCGACCACUGGGUGCCGGAGUCGAGGGAUGACCCGCAGUUUAUGCCUAUUUGCACUAGCUGCAAAGAGUUGCCGCUUCAACCCGAGUGUAAGUAUUACUACUCGGGUUGCUUCGAAAGUGAGAAAGCGACAGUUUCGUCUGCAUGAGCAGGGCUACGAUUAUCUGCGCUUCUUCAGCAGGAGGCUUGACUCCUGCAUUACUCCCUAUUUUCUUCACAUCUGUGUGGACAUUAAUGAGUUGAAGAACUGUGCUUUGGAGAGGCCCCACGUGUCUCAGCGACUCCGUGACUUCAGGAAACAAAGCUACGCACUAGUUGAAGACUUCACCGCCUGCGUGGACAGAGCGUUGGAAAGGUGCGACAACGAUACCGAAGCCGAUAACCUGAACUUUGUCAAGCUGGUACUGACUGCUACCAGCAACCUGAAUUGGUUCGACGAAGGACACCGAGCCCGAGUCUACCACGACUCAGCGACAACGACAACAGUCUACAGACGCACCGUCGACUUACUAGGUAUACUAAGACCGACGACUAAGGAGACGGCUACAUCUGAGACCAUGGCCGCGUCCUUGCAUGUCCCAUGA